AUGAAAGCUAAAUGCCGUAAACUAUGGACACGAAACAAAUGCCAAUGCCAUGCCAUGCCGUACCGUACCGUACCUUCCGCAAGCACAAUUGUGGAGUGUGAGGUUGUAAAGAGAAAAACCAACACGAAACUAUACGAAAAGACAAUGUAA